CACCUAUCCAGACAUAUGCAGUUUCCUCCGGCAUUUUCGCACAUGGAAUUGUCCCGAUAUUCCGGCACAACUGAAUCUCAAUUGCCCAGGUCCUAGGGCUGCAGCGACCUAUAGAGUGAUUGGAUGCUCUGGGAUGGUCAGGGACAGUAUCUUGAGUUUCAACGAUCCGUUGUCACUCGUCCUUGCC